AUGUUGCUAACUACUGUCACCCAGUCAUUCCAGUCUUAUGCUCUUCGACUGGUGCAAGACACCCUACGGCGAAUUUCAGCCCCGGUAAAAUUGAUUGAUAAUAUCAGCGAAGAGGAGAAAAUACUGUACGAUGACUCGGAAAUCGCAGAUUCCGAAAAAGCGAUUGUCCGCGUCAAAGAUGUGAACUUUUGGAAAAGGGCGUUUCUCGAUUUCGAUCUGGGGUUUGCGGAAUCCUAUAUGUUCCAAGAAAUAGAAUGUGAUCAACUGAACAAGAUCUUCGAUCUAUACAUCCAAAACAGUGCCACGUUCGACUCGGGAAGCUCACCCUUCCAUCUCAUCGUCCGUCUAGCUCAAUGGUGGCGACCGAAAAAUAACAUUGAAAAUGCGCGCAGCAACAUCGCAUCCCACUACGACACCUCCAACGGACUAUUCACCAACUUCCUGUCUCCGGACUUGAAUUACUCCUGCGCACAUUUCACUAGGGACGUAACAGAGCCCCUUCAGACAGCCCAACGACGAAAAGUCCACUACAUGAUCAAGAAAGCGCGCCUUCAAUCAACUCACCACUUACUGGAUAUCGGUUGUGGCUGGGGAGAUUUGAUCAUCGAAGCAGCGCGGCUGACCGGCUGCAAAGCGACAGGAAUAACUCUGUCUGAGGAACAGAAAAGUCUUGCGGACGAACGCAUCCGCGAUGCUGGUCUGCAGGACCGCAUUCGGGUUUUGCUGUGCGAUUAUCGCAACGCGCCCCGACCUGAAAGUGGAUUUUACGAUCGCGUCAUCUCGAUCGGGAUGUUCGAGCAUGUCGGGGCUGAGUAUAUGGAUCAGUACUUUGAGGUGAUUUCGCAAUUAUUGCCGCCUCGGGAUGGUGUGUUGGUUAUUGAUGGGAUAACAAAGAUACAACCGUUCCACGAAACAAACCCCCGGAUGGGCGACUACAUCGACCGCUACGUCUUCCCGGGCGGAUACCUUCCCACCCCGAAUAUUCUCUUCGAGUCUCUGCACCGCGGCAGUAAAGGAUCACUAGAAGUGUCUUCCGUGCUCAAUUCAGGCCCUCAUUACGGGAAGACCUUACUCGGAUGGAGGGACAAUUUUCUUGCGAAUUGGGAAGAUAUCCGAUCGGACUUUUGCGGUCGGCAUCCUGAGGCUUCCACGAAGGAAGUUGAGGCUUAUCGACGGCGUUGGCUGUACUAUUUUGAGUAUUGCGAAGCCGGGUUUCGUAAUCGCAUCUUGGGUAAUUAUACUAUUUGCGCAGUUCGCGCUCCUGAGCCGGUUGUGGGGUAUGAAGGUCUGGAUAUCGGUGAUGCUUAGGUGUUUAUAUGAUAUUUAUAGCUUUGUAGUACGAUUUGAUUACUCUAUUAGACUGGACGAAUGGCUAGGCUUUAAGGUUGGGAAUUGGGAGAUUCAAGCUACUUAGAUUGAGAACAUUGAAUUGGGCGAGUUAGUAUCUACU